AUGAAUUUACGACCUUAACCAGGCCAUCAGAAUAAGAACGGAAUAAAUCCAAUAACAAAUACUCCAAUAGAUUAUGCAUAAAGAGGGAAUUAACAACCUUAUUACAAACAACCUUACCCAUAACCUCCCAUAUAAUACACUCAAAAUCCGUAACAGUACCAGAAUCCUUAUUAUAAUUAAACUCUUCCAUAAGUUGUACAGCAGAGUAUGCCUGAAGCAGGAUAGAAACUACCUUUAUAGAGCGAUGCGAUAGAAUUAGAUCACAUGAAUGGAUUUUCUGGGAGAUAUCGAGAUGUGAUUCACUUGCACCCUCAAAAGGAGUCCACAAUAGUGUAUGCACUAGCAGGACUGAUUGUAAUAGAGAAUUUGAAUGACAAACAUUAACAAUUGUUUUUGAGAGGACAUGAUAUGGAUAUUAGUGCAUUGACAUUAUCGAAGACUGGCAGAUACAUAGCAUCUGGAUAAAUGGGAUCUCGAAAUGCAAAGACACCAGAGGCACCAGUAAUACUAUGGGAUUUCAAUGCAAGAAAACCAAUGCAAAUAUUUAGAGGGUUGAGAGACGAAAUUACAAAUCUUUCGUUUUCAAGUGAUGAUAAAUUCUUAGCAGCCACAGCAUCUAAUAAUAAUCUAAUAAUAUGGAAUUGUCAAGAUUAUACUAUUGUUCAUAAUAAGUUAUUGGAAGUUCCAAUCAACCUGAUUACUUGGUGUCCUCCAAGAAGAUCAUCAACUAAACAUUCCUAAUAUUUAAUAGUCACUUCUCAGGGUUCCAACAUCUUCUUAAAUACUAUGGAUUUUGAUGUUGCAUCUAUGCAAUAUCAACUCAAAUAAGCUCCAUGUCAAUUGCCUAGUAGUGGUUUAGUAAGAAAUUACACAAAAGCAGUAAUUGAUUAAAAUGGGGAUUAUUUAUAUGUAGGAACUCAUGCUGGUGAAAUCUGCAUUUUCAGCAUAUCCUCAUAAUAAGGAGGAAUAUUCAAAGCGACAAUACCUGUGAGUAACAAUGGAGUAUUGAGCAUAAAUAUUUUUGGAAGGAAUCUUUUUGUUGGUUCAGGAGAUGGAAAGGUGAAGAAGUUGACUGGAAGUGAUACUAGAUGGAAUUUAGAAAGAGAAAUAUGUUUAGAAGGCAGGAUGAAUUCAAUUACUUCAGAUCCGAAUGGUAAUGAAUUAUUGGCAGGAACAUCCAAUGGUAGAAUCUAUAGAAUCAACACUGCAAAUCUAGACUCGGUUGUUCACACUGAAGGACAUUUAUCUAGUAUUGUUGGCUUAUCAGUCCCUUUAAAUGCAUGCGAUCUCUUUGUCUCAAUUGAUUAUGAAGGUGUAGUUAUGGUAUGGGAUAUGAAUGAAAUGCUUGUAAUAACAAGAUGUAUUCCAAUUAACAUGAACAGAGUCAAAGGAUCUUCAGUCUAUUUAGAUCCUGAUAGGACUGUUGUAUCUGGAUGGAGAGAUGGUUUUAUUAGAGCAUAUAUGAUAACUAAUAAACCAGUAUCUCCAAUCAAAUGGGAAAUUGUUAAUGCUCAUAAAGGAGCUGUGACGAGUUUGUAUAGUGAUCAAAAUUAUUAUCUUUCUGGUGGUGAGGACAGUAUUAUUAGAGUUUGGUCAAAAACAGCAAGAUAAUUAAUCACUUAAAUAUCUAUCCACUCCAAGGAAAUUACUAAAGUAUUUCCAGAUCUCAUGAAGCCCAAUCUUAUUCACUCAUGCUCAGCUGAUAAAACAAUUUACACUUAUGAUCUCAAAACAGACAAAAAGGUUAUUCAACACUAAUCCAGAAAUGGAGUUCUCCUUGAUAUGACUUAAAGAAAAGAUAAUGAGUUAGAACUAAGUAAUACUGAUUUCUUAUUACAUGUUAGUCACUUGUGGUAUUAACAUGCCCAUUUAAUUUUGGGAUAUUGAUAUUGUAGAGCCAGUCCAAUCCAUUGAUGUUUAGAAAUUAAAUUCAAUUGCCAUCAGUCCAGAUGGAAAAAUAUUGGCUACUGGGUCAGAUUCUGGAGAGGUAACUGUUUGUUUCGAUUAUUUUAGUUAAUUUUGAUUUCCAUAUUAACUUAAUCCAUUUUGGGUAAAUAUCUAGGACAUUCUUCUGGGGUUUCUAAAGUAGCAUGGACAAGUGAUUAAAAAUAAGUCAUCACUGCUAGUUAUGAUGGAACUUUAUGCUUAUGGAACAUUUAUCUAUGA